AUGAAAUUCACUCUGGGGCUGGGUCUGACAGCGGUGGCAUUUAUUGCCAGUCUUGCCGAUGCCCAAAAGGAACCGCCAAAAGAACCGCCAAAGCCACCGCCGAAGCCGCCGGGGCCCAAGCCCCGUCCGUUCGGCACAUUUGGGGAAAAUGUCAUCUGGUGGCCCGAUGCCAACCAUACCAUCUUCUACCCCCGCAUCACUGAGCUCUCGGACGGUACCGUCCUCGCCACGGCCGGGCUGGACAGCUCGCCGAACGUCUUCCCCAUCUUCAGCUCCAGUGAUGGCGGGGCGUCUUGGAAAUGGAUUUCCAACAUGACGGACCAGGUCAAUGGGCUGGGCAUGAACGCACAGCCCGCGCUGGCCGAGCUCCCAUGGGCCGUCGGCAAGUUCCCUGCCGGCACCGUGUUGGCGAGCGGAAACAGCUGGGCCCGUGGGAACAGCACAAACAUCGAUUUGUACGCGAGCACGGACAAGGGACACACGUGGGAGUUUGUGAGCAAUGUGGCCCGGGGAAGCGGCCCCAACACCGAAAAUGGGAACCCAUGCAUCUGGGAACCCUAUAUCCUCCCUUACGAAGGCACCGUCGGCGUCUUCUACUCGGACCAGCGGGAUCCUCUCCACGCACAGAAGCUCGCCCACCAAAAAUCAACUGACCUCGUGAACUGGGGCCCCGUCGUCAACGACGUCGCCUACAAGACCUACACCGACCGCCCGGGGAUGACCGUCAUGGCCUACAUCCCCCCCAUGAAGAAGUGGAUCCUCGUGUACGAGUACCCCGGUACCCCCUCUCUCAACGCGAGCGGCGGCGAGAGCUGGAACGGCGACGCCUACCCGGUCUACUACCGCCUUGCGGCGUCCCCCUUCGAGUUCGACAACGACCGCGGCUACCCGAUCGUCAUCCGCGGCGUCCAGCCGGGUUCCAGCCCCUACGUGGUGUGGAGCCCCACGGGCGGGCCCAACGGGACCAUCAUCGUGAGCGACAACGACCACUCGGAUGUCUUCACCAACAGCUUUGGCGGCCAGCCCGACCGGUGGGAGGCGCACGAGACCCCGCAAAUGAACGCUUACAGCAGGGCCCUGCUCGUGCCGGCCAAGUACCCGGACCAUCUCAUGAUCUUGGGUGCGGCCAGGUAUUCGAGGACGGUGCAUAGGCCACUGUCUAUCAGUGUGGUUAGUGUCAAGGACCUGCUGAAGAAGAAGCCCAAUGAUGCGAAGCCUAUCUAUUGA